AUGCCGGUCGAGUGCCCAUCCGUCAUGGACGUCUCAGAUGACGACUUCGACGCGCUGGAAGAAGAGAUCAGUGCGAUACAAAGUCAUUCGAUUCGGUUGAUGGCGAGGAACUGGCCGAGAGUAGAAGAGGACGGCACGAGCAGAGGCGACGCGCCUCUCUCGCGCUUCAGGCUCUCGUCGGGCGACGACUCUCGAGACGAAGCGAUUGGCGUCGACGCGGAGUCGGGCGAGCGCGCAGAGAAGUGGAUGGCGCACGCAGAGAAUACAUUGAAGACGCACUCGCACGCGUCGACGAUAGCGUCGACGGAGAAGAUUCUGGUGGAGUUGUCGGAUACGGCGACCACGCGAACCGUCCACGAUGUCGAGAGCGAGUUGAAGAAGAGUUACUCUCGAAUGAGCUUGCUGAUCGGAGCGAGCGCUGCGAUCGCGUUCACGUUCGUCAUCGCACGGUUGGUGACGAUAUUCGUCUUUUACCGGCGCGCCACGUCACCGUUGCGAGUGGUGGAAUCGUUGGCGCUAAGAGGUCUCUCCAAUCUGCCCGCGCCAUUCGUGCACCCGGUUACGCUCAUCGAGUUCCAAAAAAAGGCGAUCGACCAUCUUAGCGAAGAAAAGGUCGUUCUCUUGGAACGCUUGCGUUUGAGUAGGAAGAUGGCGAAUGAGCAGCGAUCGAUUGCAUCGACGUGGAGAGACGCGUUCGUCAAAUGUCGAUCCGAUAAGCGAGACGAGUUUGUCGAUCGAGCGGCGUGCGCCGCGUCCUCGCUCGAGUGGUCGCCCGCGUGGUCACUCUAUGCCAUCGACCGGUCAGGAUACUUACGCGUGCCAGCCAAGGCGAUGAAAAAUACCGCAGACGCGACGAAAUCGUUUAUUCGUCGCGCGUUAUGUCCGUUCCUCAUCAAAUGUUGGCCGUCGCUCGAGACGUCGCGACGCAAGAGAAACGAAUGA